AUGCGUGCCUCAAUGCUCAGCGCGCCCCUUCGACGGCACCGACCCUCGAAUCUUGGGUACCUUCGGCCCAUCUUCAGCCGCGCUUUCUUCUUCUCAUCAUCAUCAUCAUCAUCAAUAUCAUUAUCAACAUCGUCUUCUUCUUCUUCUUCUGCAUCCGCGCCAUUUGACUUGGAGGCAUACCUCCAGUCGGCUCGCCAAAAGCUGACCUCGCGACCACCGACUCUUAUCCCCGACGUCCUCUCCCCCACGCACUCCCAUCUCCUCACCCUCUCCCUGGCAGACCACGUCCCGGCCCUCUUUCCGGCCGACCAGCUCUCCAGACCCCUCUUUCCCCUGCCGUCACCGUCAUCGCCACCGUCAUCACCAAAAAAGGACGAGGAGGACCUGACACUCCCGCAGGGCCACCACCUCGUCUACUUCCCCCUCCAGCUGCCCCCCUCCCGCCUGCUCCCCGACGGCACCGACCCGGACCACUGCCCCGGCGCGCCCUUUGUGCGCCGCAUGUGGGCCGGCGGCGAGGUCGUCUUCCGCGAGGGCUGGGACCGCGCCAUGCGCACCGACGGCCGCCGCGCCCUCUGCGUCGAGACCGUCGGCGCCCCCGUCCUCAAGCGCGGCCACGCCGGCGCUACCGGGACCGGGACCGACUCCGGCACAGGGCAGGAAAAGGUCUUUGUCGACGUCCGCCGGCUCUACGGCGCCGGGGAGGAAGAGUGUGCCGAGAUGCUCCGGAGCGGGACCGCGCCGGUGGAGGAGAUCCGCCGGUUGGUCUUUAUGCGUGGGAGGGAUAGCCGGGCCGGGGAGGCGGCGGUUGCGCGGAGAAUCCUGAAAGCCUCCGCCGCGCCAGAGUUCACCUUCUCGCUGAAGCCCGACGCGACGCUGCUCUUCCACUUCAGCGCGCUCACCUACAACGCCCACUCCAUCCAUCUCGACCCGGGGUACGCCCGGAACCGCGAAGGGUACAAGGGCCUGCUCGUCCACGGCCCGCUCUCGCUCGUCCUCAUGCUCUCCGCCCUGCGGGCCUGCCUGGCCAAGCUGUCGCCGUGGCCCCGGACGGGAGCGCACGGGCAGCCGCGGCCCGGCUACGUCAAGUCGCUCAGCUACCGGAACAUCGCCCCGCUCUACGUGGACGAGCAGAUGACGGUGUGCCUGCGCAGGACCAAGUCGGCCGCCGGUGAGCUAGGUUGGGACGUGUGGAUCGAGGGGCCUGACGGCGGACUCGCCGUCAAGGGGAAAGCCAUCACAACUGAUAUCGCAUCGUAA